AGGAUAUAAUCUAGCAGUGGAAUUGCUGGGUCAAAAGGCAGGUCGAUUUUUAUUUUUCUGAGAAAAUUCCAUACUGUUUUCCAUAAUGGUUGUACCAGUCUGCCAUCCCACCAACAGUGAACUAAGGUCCCCUUUUCCCCACAACCUCUCCAACAUUUGUUGUUUGUUGCUUUGUUUAUGAUGGCCAUCCUGACCGGUGUAAAGUGGUAUCUCAUUGUGGUUUGAAUUUGCAUCUCUCUGAGAGGGGGUCUUCUGACUCAUACUCACAAUCAGCAUCACAGUUGCCUUCCGAAGGUUUAAGUAUAAUUUACGCACCAGGAAACAACUCAUCUCAAACAUACAAUUUAAUAACUUUUAGUAAAUUCACAGCACCGCACAACCAUGACCCAAGCCCGGUUUCAGAGCACUCCCUCAAACGUGGAGUUAAGGUUCUCACGGGUGAAUGUCUCCCUGCAGUCCCAGAGUGCGUGGGAAGGAGAGAAGGUAACCCUCCUACAACUGUGUCCCUGGAUCCCACGGCCGGCCCACACCACAGUUUGUCUUGUCACAGAUCUUGUGAUUGUGAGAGCCCGGUUUUAUUAUUUUCCUGCCCCCCCCUCCCCCCGUGUGUUGCCUGUCAAAAACCUGGGCUCGUCGAGUCCUCUUUUGGAACCUCUCCAUUGCGUAAUGUACCAGGAGACUCCGAGAAUGGAAGUGGGCUGGACCAGGGACCGCGGGACCUCUCAGCACGCCGCACCACCCACCUGGGCAGAGAGGAGCCGGAAACCCGAGGGAAGUGGAGAGGACCAGGCUCAGGAAGCCGAGCGCCCUCUCUGGGCCCUUCACUCGCUGGCAGCGUGGCUAAUACUCAACAGCUGCCUGGAAGGGGCACAGAGGCUCAGUCCACCCAGAGUUAACGCUCACACCCUACAAAGCCCUGUUAACCCUGGGCUUGCCUGAAGUAGCCCUUGGAAAGGCACACAUUCCACCAGCUUCUGGAAGUGUCUGUGCAAAGACCACCGAGGUGCUGGGACAGAUGAGCAGUGAGGUCAAGGUGGUUGCAUGGGAGGGGUUGGGGGGCGCUUCCGACCUUGCUGAGGCCUUGGGAGUUGGAGUCAUCCCCAGAAUGCCGGUAACUCACAUAGUCAAGGUCAAGGGCGAAUGGGACUCCCGAAGCCAAAUAUAAGAGGUUUUUGAACCGGCUGCCUGCGGGUUCACCCUACCCUUGGUUAGCAAAGCAGCAAGAGCUGACAGGGUGUGUUUUGUGUUCCUCUGGCCUCGCCCUGGGCUGUCCCCUGGGCAAGGAAGGAGGAGAAUGCAGAGGAGAAGCAGGGGAAGCCCGUCAGUUUGGGUUCUCAUGUCCCCAGUUGCCCAAUCCCCUCUCCCUCCACAUGCUGACCAUGGGACACCCUCUACCGCCUCUCAGGGCCUCCCACCCUCCCUGUGCAGCCACCCCAGGGGAGUCACGGAUCCAGGGGAGUCACGGUACACAGGUGGUACACGUCACUGGACUCCACCCAGCAGAGUCACGGUACACAGUUCAGGGGUUAACAGGAUGCAUGUACUAAUCACGAGUUUCGGGUAGGUUGUCUCAUCUCUCUGAGUCGUGAGGAGUCGAGGUGGACGUGUGUCCGUGGUGGCAGUUCAAGGUCAAGGUCUUUACGAGCGUUAAUUAGUCUAUGACUGCAUUGCUACAAACAUCCUCCUCAUUCCUACCAAAGUGUCCGUGGAACCUUCCAGAAGGAGAACCAGCAAGUUUCUUUAGUUCCCUUGAGCACCCCCGGGAAAGGUACCCUUGUCCCCGACAUGUGUCCUGCCCUGAGCUGGGUCCAGUGGGGGGUUGCACAGGGAGAAAGGUCACAGCCCGAAGGGCUUCGGGUGAAGUUGAGGGCCUGGUUCCAAGACUAGAGAGCGUCUAGGGACUCUGAGGUCCUUGUGCCCAUCAGGGGGUCCAGGCCUUGAACUGGGUUCUUGUGGAAAGGGAGCUCCCCGGGGUGGCCUUCCUGAGCGUUGCCCAGGGCUCCCCCACCUCGGGUCAAGGUCCCACCCUGACCACCCACCACGAGGGCCCGACUGGAAGGAGAUGUGGCCCUGUGGCUCUGCAGGAUGUGCGAGAGGGGAGCUGCGGGUUCCGGGGUGUUUCAGCCGGCCCCCCAGGCUUUCUCCAUUUUCUGACCAGCUCUAGGAACAAAACUAAAUCGAAGCUGAACAAGGAAGCAGCCGGCACAAAGGAAAGCAGAAGUGGAAGCCCGGGAGACUGGGCCCUCCCCUGGAGGGGGACCGCAGCCCCAGGUCCUGCAGGCAUCAGGUGACUUCCUGGGGAGAUGGCCCGGCAGGACCCGGCUCUGUGGCUUCAGGCAUCUCUGCUGCUUCUCUGGGUCCCAGGCUGCUGGUCCCUGAGCGGCCCCCGCACCGUGAGGGGCACCGUGGGGGGAUCCCUGAGCGUGCAGUGUCGGUACGAGGAGGAGUUCAGAGAAAAUAACAAAUACUGGUGUGAAAGCCCACGUCUGCGUCUGCUGAAGAAGAAGAUCGUGGAGACCACGAGGUCAGAGAGAGAAGUGAGGAACGGCCACGUGUCCAUCAGGGACCAUCCAGCAAACCUCACCUUCACUGUGACCUUGGAGGGACUCACAAAGCGUGAUGAAGGCAAAUACUGGUGUGGGAUCGAUGCAUCACUGAGCCAAAGAAUUCUGGACCCCAACUUCGAGGUUGAGGUGAUUGUGUCCGCAGCAUCAACACCAGCACCGCAGCCACCUACUGCAGCCAGGACCUGGACCACCCCCACAACCACGACAACAACCACAGCCCAAAUCACGACUGUGUCCACAGCUCCAACCACAGUGAAGGUCACCCACAGACUGAAUGGCCAGGAAGACCCUCCACCGAGCCACGGGCUCCUCGUGCUGCUCUCCUUGCUGGUGCUCCUGGUGUUUCUCCUGGUGGGGGCCUCGCUGCUGGCCUGGAGGAUGGUUCGGAGGCGGAUCAAAGCUGAUAAGAAACCAGAGCCACCCCGGAACCCCAGCGAGGCCGCCCAGGAGAGUGAGCCCUGCUAUGCCAAUUUGGAGCUGCAGACUUGGUCCCUUCUGGAGGCGCCCGUGCGGCCGGAGCAGGUGGAGGCGGAAUACAGCACCGUGCAAGCCCCCCAGGAAGACCCCCAGUACACCACAGUGGUGUUCAACUCCCAGAAUCAGGAUUCGAAGGACAACAGUGAUCCUGCCCAGAGACCUCCACAGCUAGAACCGGUGUACAGCGUGAUCAAGAAGACCUAAGCCUGACUCCAGCCCCGACGCCCGGAGUCUCGGUGGGCCACAGGGAGCCCAGGCCCGGCCCCAGCCUGCUCCCCUCCACGGUGAUCAACAAGGCAGCCGGGCUCCUGCGGGCUGUCCCUCUCGCACUGGGGACCUGUGGGAUUCCCUGCCGUCCUGCCGGCUGUUGUCCCAUCUUCUGUCUCUCUGCCUCAUCUCAGCCGUAUGUGAGAUGGAAGCUCCGUCCCGUGGGAGUCCAGGAAGAGAUGUGGCUCGUGGGGGGCAUCUGGGCUUGCCGGGGAGGGGGGACCUGAAGGAGGUCACCAGGGCACCGAGAUGGGGACCCCUAACCUCCAAGACGGGGAGACGGUGGCCAAGGAGAGCUUGCCUGUGGCUCCAAGACCGGCAGCGGGCAGCAGCCUCAGGUCCCCUGGACUCUAACAUAGAUUUAUUUUUCAUAUAAGAGACAUCAAUAAUGUUUAAAAUGCCUUAGGAGGAGGUAGGUAACAGGAACCUGAUCAAGAAAACAAACAAACAAGCAAAAAAACUGAAGACACUGAAAUAGAGAACAGACUGACAGUGACCAGAGGGGAGGGAAUUUCAGGGGAAAAGGGAAGGGUUUGCAGGAACAAGUAUAAGAGACACAUGGACAAUAACAGGGCGGGGGGGGGGGCGGGGAGAAU